AUGCGCGUUUCCAACAUGCGCUUGCCUAACGGCUUGCGCAACCUCAGCGUGCGCCUCUCGAGCGUUCGCAUUCCUCAUCCUCACCCGCGGCGCAUCAUUCUCUACGUCACGACAACAGCCCUCCUCGUCGCCAUGAUCCUCACCUUCACCAUGAGCGACAAGUUAUUCGGCAAUGGCCACUCGGGCUACGAUCCUCUCCUCUCCCGAACCAACGAUUACCGCCUCCUCACGAGUACACGGAAUAACUUGGGUUUCUACAACUCUAUAAAUGUCAAGAAGACGGGCCAGAAGAUUAUGAAUCCUACCCUUCUCGAAUUGCCUAAGGGCAGCAAGCACGACUUCCUCGUCAUUGCGCGCGCUCCGCACGUCGACCAAGAUAUCAAGGGCAAGAAAUACAGACGAGCUCAGCAAGUCGCCACCUUCGUUAGCCUCACAUGGGAUGCAUUCGGCCGGCCGGAGCUCACUGCGGACAACGAUUGGCAUAAGAUGCUUGUGGAGGACUUUACAGAAGCUCAAGGCCCAGAGCAUCACUGCAAGGCCCAGCCCGACAUGGAUAAAUACAUCGGUCCUGAGGACAUGAAGCUCUUUUGGAGGAAGAAUGGCACUCCCAUGCUCAUCUUCACCCAUCAGGUCAAUGACGAGAACCUCUGCGAGGGCAUGUACAUUAUCGAUGCACGUGCCGCUGUGCCCGAGCUCGUCAAGCAGAUGGGUAAGCACGCGAAGGAACUCCCUGGCAUCGAAUUCGACAAGCCCGUCCUCCUUCGCCGCCAGCCCCCCGAGGGAGAAGAAUCCGCCGCCCGAUACCAACGCGAGAAGAAUUGGGCUCCUGUCUACUCUCCCUUCAGCGCUGACGAUGACGAGAUGAUGUUCAUGGUAGAGCCCAGCCAGCUGUUCCGCUUCAACUCGACCGACGAGCCUGUCCAGGACAUGGAAGCUGAGCUCGAAUCGGCCGUAGAGGAACCUUUCCCUCCCGACAACGAGAAGAAGACAUGGCACUCUGCUGCAAAGACCUGCAUGAACGACGUCAUGCUCACCGACAAGCGCGUGCAUCAAUCGACACCCAUGCUCAGUCUCACUCUCUGCAAUCGCGGUGCUUGCGAGCCGAUGGAGAACAACACGGUCCUCAUGGGCAUGGUCCAGAUGCGCUACGAUCCUCCUCAAUAUACAAACACAUGGUACGACCAUCGAAUAGUGGUCUAUUCGCCCGUCGCACCAUACCGGAUGAUGAGCGUCAGCAAGAAGCUCACCUACCACGGCGAGACCAACAGCAGGUAUAUCUGGACAGGAAGCAUGGUGUACAACGGCGAUCAACCGACGCAGAGAAGCCACGGAUACUUGGACGACGAGAUCUGGCUGAGCUUUGGCAUUGGCGACUCGUCGCCUGGAUGGUUGGACAUUAAGGCAGAGGAGUUGGUGCUGGACCACUAUUUCUGCCAGGGGGCGACACCAGGGUAUCGGAACAGCAUCAAAAAGCACGCGCAAUGA